AAAAGGGAGGAAGUCAGGAAGCUGCCUGCUUGUGACAGCCGUAUCAAAGAAAAGCACAGUUAAAAAAAGGCCGGACUUGAGCUUGAACUGUUUUCCUUUUCGGCUAGAAUUAGACCCCCAAAAACCGCCGCCGACAUGUCGAAGAACACCUUGUCCGCUGCCCGCUUCAGGCGAGUGGACGUGGACGAGUACGACGAGAACAAAUUUGUGGACGAGGAGGACGGAGGAGAAAACCAGCUGGGACCCGACGAGGCAGAGGUGGACUCCCUCAUCAGACAAGGAAAUCUCAUGGAGGCUUUACAAGCAGUCCUGAAGAACCCGCCAAUCAACACAAAGAACCAGAACGUCAAGGAACGUGCAGAGGGUUUGGUGCUGAAGGUGCUCAGCGCCUUUAAGAGCAGCGACAUUGAGAAAGGGGUGCAGUCGCUCGACAAGAACGGCGUCGACCUGCUGAUGAAAUACAUCUACAAAGGCUUCGAGAGGCCGUCAGAAAACAGCAGCGCGGUCCUUCUGCAGUGGCAUGAAAAGGCUCUGGCGGCUGGAGGAGUGGGCAGCAUCGUCAGGGUACUAACAGCGAGGAAGACGGUCUAAAAGAGGAGCGGAGGAUCAGUUCACUCCACAUCACUGACACAUACAGGAUACUGUUGAUGUAAUCUAACAGAUGGCAAAGGGACUGAAAAGGAAAACAGAUUUUUAACCCAAUGUGAUCAAAUCAAAUCUGGGUCACAUUGAGUUAAAAAAAAAAAUGUUUUGAAUUUUUCUUUCCAUUCAUGAUCACAGCCGACUAAAUCAUGUUCCUCACAGGGUGCUACAGAGAACCUCACAUCCCACGUGUCUGUGCUGCUUGUUUGAUUUACCUACUGUACCCCCCUUUCUCUUCAUGCCGUUACUAUACAGUAUGCGCUCUUUUUACACGGCAGUGUCUCCCAACCGAGGAGAGAUAAAUAAAUAAAUAAAUAAAAACACAGAAAGCAGAAAACACAUAAUCCUGCUACACAAAAUGAUAUAGAUUUAUAAAAAAAAUGCUUUCUUUCUAUCUUUUCUUUCUUGUGGGUCACUGGAUCAUUUCACCUCUCUGAUCAGUCACAAGUCAAAGCGGUUGGGAGCCGCUGCUGUACGCAGCACCGUGCCUACACACAGACACAGUUGUGCUCACUCACAGGCGUGACUCUUGAGUCCACACAGAGGGUUUCAGCUUUGCUUCUCUCAGGAAAACUCUCAGUAUUUGUUUUCUUGUGUUCCUGAUGGAAUAAAAGCCUGAGUCUCUGUUAGUAAAUCCUCUCAUUGCCUCUCCCUAUAACACUUUAGCAGUGGGAGGCUCUUGAAAAGCACAGUCACAGAUGGAGGGUGGUGGAUUUGCUCAUGGGGGUCGCCAUUUACCCCGUAGAGCGGGAGGGAAGGGUGGGGGGUUGGUGUCAUCCAGCCUUUCACACUGCCGGCUGCCCCAGUUAAGGAUUAUUACCCACGAUGCAUCUCCACCGCCACUCUCAUUAAUCCCAUUUUACUGUUCCUCACAUCCCUUGUAUGUCUGACCCUCUCAUGCACCCUCUGCUUCUGUGCAGGGCGUUAUGUGGCUCUGCUGGUUCUUUUUAUAGGAGCUGCAUUUUGUUUCUGUACUUUCAGAAAACAUCUUUCAUAUUUCUCAUUGUUUCAUUUUGGUAUUUAAGAGAAAAAAUAAUCUAGGAUUAAACAUUUACUUCUUGCUUUUGUUAAUGUUUUAUAGUAGUGAUUUUUGCCACGAGGCUAAAACCCUACUUAAUUGAAAUUUAAAAACACAUCUUAAAAGGUUUGACGAUAUCAGAGUGCUUGAUUUGCAGGAGAGACGAAGAUAAUAUAAUUAACAUUUUGUCUCAUGCGAUUAAAAGAAAAAGGUAUUGCUUGCAUGAUCCCACUUGAGAGUAUUCUGUCAAGCAUUUCAUACCGGUCUUUUCUACAUGUUGUGUAUCUUCAGGGGAAAAUUAAGUGAUUUGUGUUUUAAAUCUGGGUUUAAAGUUACGCUUGUUCAUUCAAGCAAAUCCUCCACACGUGGUAUGGCAGUAGGGAGUUACUACCACAUAUGCUUUUUUUAAAUGAGGAAAAAUGGAAAUGUAAAAGCUUGAUCUGCCUUAUCAGGUAGAUAACGUCUGUUGCCAAAUGAUCUAUUUUGCUUUCAUGGAAAUAUUGUAGCUUACAGUGAUGAUUUUGUUGCCCUUGUGUGUUAGAGAAGAUUAUUUUUAGACAAAGUGGUGGAGUUAAAACAAUAAAUGAACAUGCAAAGUGUUAUGGUUAACAAAAAUUGCAGUUUUGAAAAUAUUCAGUAGUGAUCAGGGUAAUUCAGUUCCAGCAUAAUCUUUUGUUCCUGCUAAUUUCCAAUCAAACUGAGUGGGAUGGAUGUCGCUUUUAAAACACGAGUCUCAGUUGUGUUUUUCACGAGUUAAGACAUGGAUUUUCAUGUUUGAAUACUGUUAUCAGCGAUGGUGCAUCCAGACAUUAGAUUCCUUUUUGUAAUGCAGUAAAACAAAAGGAACCUGAUUUCUUCUUCAUGUGUUUCUAGUCAGAAAUGCUCUUCUAGUCGAGGGCGAGAAGAGGAUGAAGCAUACCAAACUGAUGUACAAAACUGCCUUACUCGAUAUUACUUUUUUUUUUUUAUGUCUAUGCUUUUUUUUGACAAAAAUAAAAAAGGUAUGAAUGCAGA